UAUGACUGUUUCCGGGUUGCUGGAUGACCUUGAACCUUCUGGAACCGAGAUGGCGAGCAUCUGGAGGCUGAGUGUCCUCUGCGGUGCGCAAAGAGGCCGAGCUCUCUUCCUCCGAACCCCAGUGGUCAGACCUGCUCAGAUCUCAGCAUUUCUCCAGGACCAACCUACCCCAGGAUGGUGUGGAAUACAGCAUGUUCACCUGUCACCCAGCCGCCAUUCUGGUUCCAAGGCUGCAUCCCUUCACUGGACUGGUGAGAGGGUUGUCAGUGUUUUGCUCCUGGGCCUACUUCCAGCUGCUUAUUUGAAUCCUUCCUCUACGAUGGACUACUCCCUGGCUGCAGUCCUCACUCUCCAUAGUCAUUGGGGCCUUGGACAAGUUGUUACUGACUAUGUUCAUAAGGAUGCAGUGCAGAAAGCUGCCAAGGCAGGCCUCUUGGCACUCUCGGCUUUCACCUUUGCUGGGCUUUGUUAUUUCAACUACCAUGAUGUGGGCAUCUGCAAAGCUGUUGCCAUGCUGUGGAAGCUCUGACCUUUUUUACUUAAUACCUUGCAAAUUGAUUGUACACCUCUUUGCCUCUGCUCUGUCAUGCCAUUCAUCUCACAAUAAGGAGGAAAAUAACAGAUAAGUCCAUUGGUGAGAUAAACCUCUUCUGAUCACCUGGUUAGUUUUAGAAUUUAACUGAGGAAAAGGUUUGAGAGGAAUUGUAUACAAGAAACUGUGAGACUGAGUUUCACAUCCUAAUGAGUGAAUGAGAUCUUCCAGCUUCUCACAAGACUCACAAUGUGACUGAACAUUAUGUAUGAGCUUUUACAUUUUAAUUUAUCAAACUCUUAAAGGGAAUUCAGCUUUAUUACUAUCAAUACCUGAUCAAACUUCUGUAUUUGCCCUGGGGAUAAUGAAGAAAGGGAAAAACUAUUAAUUCAUCAGGAAAGACUAUAGAAAUUUAGGCAGUACUUAAUGUUUGAAAACACCCCCUUUGUUCAGUUGAUACCAGCCACUAAAGGAUAGAUGUCUUUGGGAAACUUUAAAGUUAGGAAAUGCUGAUAUUUCACAUAACUAAUUUCUUAGUUCUGAGAAAAAGAGCCUUGAGAACUUCUGAAUAUAGACAAGUUCCAUGCAGGGAAGAAGUCCCCUGGUAGAUGUAUCAAAAUAUUACACUUUCUAAACUGAGACUUAAUCCUCAGAUGUGUUCAUUGUUCUUGUCCUGAAAUAAUGUGCACAAAUAUAAAACUUUAAGUAUUGUUAUUUUCCCAUUAUGAGACUCUCUAAUGUGAAGUAUAUUCUAUGAAAAUAAAGUUUUU